AUGUUAUUUGAUUUGAAUGUGCCGUGGCCUAGUAAUAACUACGCCGCCACUCCGACUUCCCAACAAAUCACAACUCUCCUUAAUACAAUUACUACCUUAGGUACCUUGGGUUAUACGCACAUCGCUAUAAAUUUUACAUUAAGUGAAAAUGUUAGGUUCCCUAGUAAUCAACAAGAUAUAAACCCAAUCCAAAUAAAAAUGAUAAAAGAUUACUUUAAGGACAAUUUUCCAAGGCUUAAAUUGUUCACAAGGUUAACAUUAGUGAUCAACGAUCCAUCGCAAUGUCAAGGACUCUCGAAAGUGCAGAAUUCGUUUGACUUGAUAGCAGUGCAACCAACAAGUGAAAAGGGCUUACAGUUAGCGACGACAAACCUCGAUAUUGAUGUAAUCUCCUUUAAUAUGGCUAGCAAAUUGCCAUUUUUUUUGAAGCAUAAGACGAUUGGAAGUGCGUUGGAAAAAGGUAUAAGGUUUGAAAUCUGCUAUUCGCCUAUGAUUUCGGGGCCGGCAGGAUAUUCGAUUCAAACGGCAAACGACAAUAUGAGUUUGUCUAAGACGGCCUUAUUGGUUAGAAAGUACUUUUUCAGCAAUGUUUUGCAAUUAAUUAGAGCAUCAAGAUCAAAGGGUUUGAUCGUUUCCAGUGGUGCGACACAACCAUUGCAGGUACGUAAUCUGUCUGAUAUAUUAAUCUUAUUAAAGACCGUCGGCUUGGACAAUAGCAGGGCUAAAAGCUGUGUUACUGACAAUCCCGAAAAAGUUUUGGUCAAUGGAAGAUUGAAGAUCAAGUCAUAUAAGCAAACUAUUGUAGUCGGAAACGAUAAUGACAAAAGUGAUAUUUUGUAUAAUAACGAUGAGGAGGACAAUGUUAAGAAAACAGAUAGUGCAGGAUACAAGAAGAAAUUGAGCGAUAGCUCUGGCGGCAGCUUGCUAAAGAAACAAAGGGUCAAAUAG